UAUGCCGGGCUGGAUGCUGGAGGAGCGGAGCGGAGGGACCGAGGCUCAUCACUAACCCGAAGCUCACCACUAACACUAACCGACCCCGUGCACGUCCUGCGCGGACACCAGCAGCGGGGAUUCUCCCACGAGCAGCCCACGCGAGGGUGCGCGCCGCGGGACCGCCGGCAGACGCAGCGCGGCCCGGCGAGAGGAAGAGGGAAAAAGGAGGAGGAGAGGAAAAGGCGACCAUAUUGAGGUCAGAGGAAAAGCGUUGCCAGGGCAACCGGCUCUGAUGGGGAAGACACUGCGGCGCGCAUGACGCGGCCGGGGGCGAGCUCGCCGGACGCUCGUUCGCUCGUUCCCGCGCGCGUGCGUGGGCUCUGGCUGAGGCAGUCGGUCACGGCAGCAUCAGCACCAGCAUCCACAUCAGCAUCAGCAUCAGCAUCCACGUCCACGUCCACGCAGCGGCAGCAUCAGCAUCCUCCUGGCAGCGCGCCGACCCGGUUCCCCGGCGACCCGGUUCCGUUCCGAGGGGGGAUUUAACGUGGAUAUUAACAGCUGAGUCCAGCGCAACGACACACAGGUGACACUUCCAGCAGCCGGUCAACACGGACGGGCUUUAUUUUGAUGUGGAAGACGUCCCUCCUCUCAGCCACCUGUCAUACCGACAAUUUCAACAUUUCUCUGGACCGAGCCGAGCCGAGCCGAGCUCCGAUGGGGAGUCUCAUCCUGCCAUCCCGAGCUGGCUGCUGGCGUUAAUGCUGUAGAGCAUCUUUAUUCCUGCUCACCUCCUCCAGUCGGAGCCCAGUCGGAGCCCAGUCGUCAAGUCUGCGCUGUUUAGUUGAGGAGGAAGAGGAGGAGGAGGAGGAGGGCAAGGAUCUGAGGAAGCCCAGUGGAGACCUGGCACCCCCCCAGCACCAGCGGAUCACACCAUCACAAACAGAAUUUUCCACCAGCAGGAUUAUCUGGAUGACAGGAGACGAAUAGGCAUGGAACGCAACAGAGCCAUGGCUGAGGAAGUGUUUUGGAUAAUGUUUAGUCAGAAUCAACACUGACGCGGCGACCGAACCAAACCGAGACCCGAGCACCUUUUUCUGUCUCUCCCAACUGGGUUUUCCUCCAACUUAUGUGGACUCAGUGCUUCAAGCUUCGAUCCAGGGUCCAACUGCUUUAGUAGUUUUAUUAGAUUAUGCGUUCACGUCCUCGAAGGCGGUUAUAAACACCCCGAUAUUAGAAUAGGUGGCUAACAGUUUGACUCCAGCCAUGAACCUCUUUCCACUUCCUCUAAGUAAACCAAGUCGGCAGUGUUUCUGGCUGAGGACACGCCGCUUGGGUCUGGUGACAGACUGGUACUGCAUGACUGUGCUCGGCCUCAUCAUGCUCUUCGGUCUGGCCUCGUGCCAGAGGAUGGAUCCCUCCAAGCACCCCAUAGUCACCACUAACUAUGGCAAGAUCCGAGGCAUCAAGAAGGAUUUGAACAACGAGAUUCUGGGCCCCGUGGAGCAGUACCUGGGAGUGCCCUACGCCACGGCGCCCAUCGGCGACCGCCGCUUCCAGCCGCCCGAAGCCCCGGGGUCCUGGCAGGAGAUCCGCAACGCCACCCAGUUCGGCCCCGUGUGCCCGCAGAGUGUCCACGGCGUGCUGCCGGAGAUCAUGCUCCCGGUGUGGUUCACGGACAACCUGGACAUCGUAGCGGGAUACAUCCACAACCAGAGCGAAGACUGCCUCAACCUGAACAUCUACGUGCCCACAGAGGAUGGUCCGCUCACAAAAAAAACUGAUGAAUCUUCAAUGAACAAGCCUCGAGACGAAGACAUCCGUGACCGGAGGAAGAAACCCGUGAUGCUGUUCAUUCACGGCGGCUCGUACAUGGAAGGCACCGGAAACAUGUUUGACGCCAGCGUCCUCGCUGCCUACGGCAACGUGAUCGUGGUGACCAUGAACUACCGGCUCGGUGUGCUCGGUUUCCUCAGUACGGGAGACCAGUCAGCGAAGGGCAACUACGGCCUGCUGGACCAGAUCCAGGCUCUGCGCUGGCUCAACGAGAACAUCGGCCACUUCGGCGGAGACCCAGAGAGGAUCACCAUCUUCGGCUCCGGAGCUGGGGCCUCCUGCGUUAACCUCCUCAUCCUCUCACACCACUCAGAGGGCCUGUUCCACCGGGCCAUAGCUCAGAGUGGAACAGCGAUCUCCAGCUGGUCCGUCAACUAUCAGCCCCUCAAGUACACAAAGAUCCUGGCCCGGAAGGUUGGUUGCACCUACUCGGACACGGUGGACCUAGUUGACUGCCUGAGGCGCAAGAACAUCCGGGAGCUGGUGGACCAGGACAUCCAGCCAGCCCGCUACCACAUUGCAUUUGGCCCCGUGGUGGACGGAGACGUGGUGCCCGACGAUCCUGAGAUUCUCAUGCAGCAGGGGGAGUUCCUCAACUAUGACAUCCUCAUAGGAGUGAACCAAGGCGAGGGGCUGAAGUUUGUGGACGACAGUGAGGACAAUGACGGCAUCUCUGCUGCAGCGUUCGACUACACCAUCUCUAACUUCGUCGACAACCUCUAUGGAUAUCCUGAAGGCAAAGACAUCCUGAGGGAGACCAUUAAAUUCAUGUACACAGACUGGGCGGACCGGGACAAUGGGGACAUGCGAAGGAAGACCCUGUUAGCUCUGUUUACUGACCACCAGUGGGUGGCGCCAGCAGUGGCCACCGCCAAGCUCCACGCUGAGUUUCAGUCUCCAGUGUAUUUUUACACCUUCUACCACCACUGCCAGACAGAGACGCGACCUGAAUGGGCUGACGCUGCUCAUGGAGAUGAGAUACCCUACGUCUUUGGCGUGCCCAUGAUCGGAGCCACCGACCUGUUCCCGUGCAACUUCUCAAAAAAUGAUGUGAUGCUCAGUGCCGUGGUCAUGACUUACUGGACCAACUUUGCCAAGACCGGCGACCCAAACUUGCCAGUUCCUCAGGACACCAAAUUUAUCCACACCAAGCCCAACCGCUUUGAAGAGGUCAUCUGGACCAAGUUCAAUUCAAAGGACAAGCAGUACCUCCACAUUGGCUUAAAGCCUCGCGUCAGAGACAACUACAGGGCCAACAAGGUGGCCUUCUGGCUGGAGCUGGUGCCCCAUCUUCAUAGUCUACACGAGAACUUCCCCACCACUACCCGUUCACCAUUACCACCAAUCCCUGGUCAAAGCACCAUCAGGCCCCGGCCCAGAACUCAGGGGCCUCGUACCACUCGUCACCCCUACCCAACCUCUGAUCCUGAAAUUGACGGUUCAGAGCGCCCACCGCAGGAACUCUUUCCCGGAGAGACCCGUGACUACUCCACUGAGCUGAGUGUGACGGUUGCCGUGGGAGCCUCGCUACUCUUUCUCAACAUUUUGGCAUUUGCUGCUCUUUACUACAAGCGCGACAAACGGCACGAGAUGCGACGGCAUCGACUGUCACCCCAGCGGGGCGGACCCGCCAACGACCUGGCUCACAGCCAGGAGGAGGAGAUCAUGUCUCUACAGAUGAAGCACUCGGAACACGAUGCUCACCACGACAUGGAGCCCCUCCGGCCGCAUGACAUUCUUCGGCCUGCCUGCCCUCCCGACUACACUCUGGCGCUGCGCCGCGCACCCGACGAUGUACCGUUGAUGACGCCAAAUACCAUCACCAUGAUCCCCAGCACCAUCACCAGCAUGCAGCCUCUUCAUGCCUUCAACACCUUCCCGUCCACCGGCCACAACAACACCCUGCCCCACCCUCACUCGACCACCAGGGUAUAGUAGGGGCUGGCCUGACACAGCGCCACCUAAGGACCAGGAAUACUGCCUCUGCUACUGGUCUAGAAGGGGGGGGGGGGCUCUGGUUGUGGACCUUCUGUUCUCUUGUUCUCUUGUUUCUCCAAAAGCAACCCCACCUCCUCCAUCAUCUGCUGUACAACUGAGCAGCUCCCUCCAUUGGUGGUGAAUGGAGACAUAAGUGAACUUCAUGGGAGCAAGGAGGGGAUUUAGAUCUUUCAAAGAUCCUUUUUUAAAAGAGGUCCACUGUUUCCAGACUAAAUGCCCCUAAAGUCAUUAAAGGGACGAAUUACUUUUGCCCCUUUCUCUUUUACCUUUUUUACUUUAGUCUCACUUCUUUUUUUCUUCCCCCUCUGGCGUGUUAUGUGCACAUUUAUUUCUCUUUUUUACAUCUGUCUUAUUACAGCUUUGCUCCUCUCCUCUGACUUGACUAUUCCCCUCUUCACAACGCUCCUCGGCUCUAAGGAGUGUUGAUGUACAGAGCUGGAGAGGACAUAGCGCACACACACAGAAGACAUAUAUCUAUGGAAGUACUAAUAUGUGAUACUUUUGAUCUUUCAUUCUACCAGCAUUCUUGGUGCCAAGUAUGUACUACUGUGUUUGCUUUCUCAUCAAGCGAGAAAAGAUCCUAAAGUAUUCCUAUUUACUGUCAACUAACAGAGGCUGUGUGUUCUCAUGACAAGUGCCAAACUGGCCCUCCAUAGUGUUUUUCUUUCAUUCAUCCUGUUUCUUUAUUUUCCAGGCAUUUGUUUAAUUGUUGUUUAAUUGUGAAAAGAUUUUUUUUUUUGCUGAAAAUAUAGAUAUAGAGAAAUGAUAUAUAUAGUUCUAUAUAAAUGUGUACAAAGGAGAAAGUAUAUAAAUGGGUUUUCUCAGUGGGGAUCUAUGCAUGAAUUAUUUUUGAACGAUGGCGAUGGGGGAGGGAGGACACAAAAUCCGUCAACGCACGUUUCCCAAAUCUAAUUAAGGCAUAUCAAGCUUAUAUGAACAUUUGGGGAUUUUUCUCGAACACCCGAUAAGAGCAUCACAGAAAUUGAUAAAGGCAACUCAACAAACCACUGGCAACAUACGAUUCCUUUUUCCUGAAGACAAAAGUCGUUGCAACAAAGUGCACGUUACAGUCGAAGGAACAACUUUUCACACACUCGUCCUUUCUCUCCGUCGUUUCUGACAUUAUUUUCAUGUGAAUUUCCAAGCAGGUGACGCCGACAUUACGCCCAUGAUCCAUUAGCAGCUACUUUUAACUUUCCGUUUGUACAAGGAAGAUCGGUUUUUAGGAUUCAUGAAACAUGUUAAAUCUUGAUUGAACUUGAUUUUUGUAUUUCAGGUAGCGAAAAAUCAGAGAAGCGGCCUCCGCUCCUUUUCCUGUACCGUUUCUCUCCUGUCUGCCCCUCUGUUUCCAGAUCAUAUUGGAUGUGUGACUGUGAGUGUUUUCAUGUGUGAAUAUGAUAUCAGAAAUUACUUUACACCGACAUGAGUGGGCCUUAAACAGAUAACAGAUAUAGAGAUCCAGACACACUGGUACCCUUUCAAAAUAAAGCUUUUUCACCCAAACACACUUCACUGUAUCAUUACCACCACGCCCCCUCCUCUCCAUCAUCACAGCAGACUGACACCCAUAUUUCACAAGUAUCCAAAACAUCUAACUUCACUGUGUCAGCUCGGCUCCGCACAGUCGUACCUCAGUUUGGCCGUGCGAUAAGCCUCACAUUUAAGGGCUAGCUCGCCUAGCUAGUAACGUUUUGGGAGCUCAAUGUUUUAUGAAGUAGUCUCUUAAGCACACUGAGGUAAAGCGGUGGGUCUUCACAGGGAUUCAGAGCUGCAAGAAUUUAUUUUCUUUUUUUUUUAUUAAAUGGGGUUUGGAUUUACUCAACAGGGUAAAAGUGAAACUGUUUCUGAAUUUAAUUUAAGUAAGAACAUUUAGACCUACAGCGAUAAUAAAAGAAGAAAAAAUAACAGAAAAUCCCCCUCCCUCCCUUGCUUCUCAGAUGAAGAUGUCAAACACGAGUCAUAUACUCAAAUGAAUAAAAUAUGCCACCUGAACUGUUGUUUGAGCCCACAGGAAGGUGUAGUAGCUUACAUCCAGUAUGGGAGCGGUCAGUCACCGUUGCUGUCUUUGCUUGUGCUUUAGCUUUAGCCUGUUUGAUUGUUUGUUUUUUUCUAUUUUCUUACUGCCUACAAGGAUGGUGGGAGAGCACUGGGAGGGGAAUUACAUACCUGGCUGCUCAUGUAAGAGAUUUUGUAAGCCCACUGAAAGGGAAAUGUGCACAACAUUAACCACAAAAUACCUGAUGUAGGUGUGCUGUGGGACCGAUGAUGGACGGCAGCGUGAAAAAGGCGACAGGCUGUGGGCAAGAGACUUUUGGGAGGAGACAAGAAAAAGACUCACAGCCUUAAGUGUAGAAAUUAGAAUCAGACAAGAGAAUAAACUGAUUACAAAAACAUGAAAACAUCAAAGACGUGGGUGUCUCUCUACCCAGAACAUUUGGCAGAGGAAUACCCUGCUAAUCCAUCUACAGGGAACCCGUGUGUCCAUAUGAACCCUUUUGUACUCACUCCUGUGGAUAAAGAGAGGAGUUGUGAAGUAAACCUCACCACAACACAAACACGAUGAUACCGCUGAAGGACAGAAACAAGGUCUUCAGCCUGGGUCUGGGCUGUUUUAUAAGCUACCACUGGAGGGCGCCGUUGAGGCAGGUUUAACGGUCUGCUCUGAGGAAACCAGACCCACAGGAAGAAGAGACACAGGUGGUCUGACAGAGGGAGCAACAACACCUGGAGGAGGAUCAAAAGUGUACAUUUUUAAGUGUAAGAAUCAAACAGACAAAAUAUUUGUAAAUAUUAAGUUUCUUGUUAGUUUGUUUUUUUGUUUGUUUGGGGUUUUAUUUUGAGUGAAUGAAUGAUAUGCUUAUUUUGUGACAUCAUAAGACAACAGGUGCAGUUUGCAAAAACAUGGCCACUUGCUUGAAGUUUCAGAUUCACUGCUGCCACUACGAUUUGUUUUCUGGUAAACUUAUAUUUAGUUUUUUUCUCACCUGCCCAUUGUCACGCAGGCUUCCCGUAGCGUCAUGAUUCCUGAUCAGGAAAGUCACUGUAGCAGAGCUUCACUGAACCCCCCCCCCAAACACACAGCCUCAACAGAGGCCCACAGAUCCUGUAGUUUAAAUAUAUUUCAAGUCUGUGGCCCAAUUGCUCUUUAAAUCAAUCUCCUUACAUAAUUUUACUUUUUUUUGUGUCAACGUUUUACAUAUGGGUACAUGUCCGAUAAAUGCUGCGUGGUGAGUUCAGUAAUAUCUUGGAGACGAAGAGCACCUCUAGAAACCAUCUUUGCCUUUUUGUGAACUCUGUUCAAAACAUGAAAAAAAAAACCUAAACCGAGUCAGCAAACACAAGUGCAGCCGAUGACGUGCUAGCUCUCUUACCAUGUAGCAGCGUUUACAUGUAGCCGCUUCAUUCCACAUGGGACGAUCGUGAGGGCUUUGACACCGUUAGAUGCCUCGUAUCCUCUGAGUAACGAGAUCACGCGCGUGAUCCGACCAUUCCAGCCACUGUGUUGCGUCGUUGUUAUGGGAGUUUCUCUUGGAGUGAAGUGAUGUAGCAGAAAAUGUAAAAUAAAAAAUAGAUAUAUAAUAGAAAGUGGAAAAGUGCAUUAGAAAAAGACUAAGUUACAGAAUUGCUGCCUGAUAUAUGUGUACCCCCCCCCCCCCAUGCUUACAAUCAGCUGUCAGCCAAGAGGAAAACGGAAGAUCAAUAUUUGAUAUGACUUUAGUAACCUUAUAUUAGUUCAGAUGUCUAUAAAAGCACAUCCUUAUUGCUCCACAUCUGCAAACAUACUCAUAUAAACCUUCAGCUUGGUCUUUACUGCAAAUCUGCACCUGUCGCCUUGUUUUUACCUUCUAUGUUGAAUACAGAAACCCAAGACUUGAGAUGAACAAAACUAUUAAAUAAUGGAAUUUAAAAAAAAAAAACAUUUUAAAAGAUGAUUAUUAAAAAAAAGAAAGUAAAAUGAUAUAAAUAAAUGAGGUGAUGAUAUUUCUCUUACUUUAGAAGUUAUUAUACACUGUAUGCUGUGAUUCUGAUCUGGGAAACAUUAAAGACA